UCUCCCUUCUUGGCUAAAGCAACGUUUGUAAGUAUUCUUCAGCAUGUAGCAUUGAGUCGUUACCCAUUUUGAAUUUUGUUGUUGACUGUGACAACUAACGUGUUGAUUAACAAGAUUCAAGAUUUAAGAUCACUUAAUUGAUCCCCGCAGGGAAAUUGUUUUAUCCAAGAGUCUCAAGACAACAGAGAACAUAAAUGUGGGACCAGACAUAAACGUAAGAGUACAAAUCAAGGAGAAAAAAAAAUAGAAUAAGAUAAAAACUAAAAAUUUUAAAGGUAGUGUAGGAGUGAGGUGGUAAGUUACAAGAAAUAUUCUGAAAAUAUAACCGUUAGCCUGCUAACAGUUAGCGUUGUGUAUUUUGAUGGCUGUGGGGAUGAAUGACCUCCUGAAGCGCUCCUUCCUACAACUCAUAAGAGCCGUUGUCUGCGACUGCUUUCCUGUCCAGCCAGGGUGGGGUGAAAGGGGUUGGCUGUCACGGUCCAGGAUGCUUUGAACUUUCCUCAUGUAGCACCUUUCCGUGACAGUCCCCACAGAGUCCAGACUCCUCAUUAGAACUGAGCCAGCCCUGCGGAUGAGCUUGUCCAGACGCCUCCUGUUCUUUUCUGCCAUGCGUACUUCUGUACAUGGCAGGAACCAGAGGGGUACUGCAAGUCUGACGUGUACAGGGUGAAAAGGAACGGUGCCAGCACUGUCCCUUGGGGGGGGGGCCCUGUGCUGCUUAUGACAGUCUCCAAGACCCCGUUCUGCAGUCUUACAAACUGCGGCUGCUAGCAUGAGCAAGGCCCAGUUGGCUUUGUUAGCUCUAUUGUAUUUAUCAUAUGUUGUGCUGUUAUAUUAGCCAAGCGUGCUAUGUACACUGAUGUUGUGUAUGAGGGUUGUUAAUAAGAAUGUUAAUGUAUUUUGUUGCAGUUUCCCAAAUGUCUCAAGUAAACGUCAAGUAAACGUAACAAACUGUGUCCUGGAGUUUCUUGGGAGUGUUGAGCUGAGUGGACAGUGUUGAUGUGAUGUUUUUUCAUGAUUCGUUAUACUGGUUCAGUUAUCCCCGGAUGUAUGGUAUGCAUAUGGUGUCUUUGUUUUGGUCCUCUGUUUUGUUCUGUUUUGAGUGUGUUUUGUUCUUUUCUCUUUUUGCUUAUUGUCUUUAUUUUUGACUUGUUGUUUUCCUCUGUUACAUAUGGCCCAUCACGGAUAUUGGCAAAGCGUAAGUGCAUGUUUUAUGUGUUUUUCCUCCUCCUGUCUGUCUUUAUCUUCCGUGAUGAUGCUGGGCUGUUAAUAGAGUGUUCUGAUGACUGAGUGAUUGUGUGCUGUGGGAUGUUCUGAUGUUCAGAGGAGGCACUGGUUCGUGUGAGUGGGUUUUCUGUAGACUGUGAUUUUUAUGUUGCCGUCUUCUUUGUGGUGAAUGUUCAAAUCAAGGAAUGAUGGUCCGGUUGUGUUCUUCUUUGUGCAUGAACUUAUUUUUCCAGUGUUGUCCAUGGUGUUCAGAUGGUCUGUGAGUUCUUGUGUAUGUCCGUUUUUUAUUUUUUCCAGGAUGUCGUCAACGUAUCUUUUCCAGAGUGUGGGUUUACAGUGUGUGGGUGCUGUGUGGAUGGAUUUGUUUCCAAGUUACAUAUGUUGUUUCCGGUGCCUAUGUGUUUCCAAAUAUAUUAGUGUGUGUAUGUGAAUGGGUGAAUAAGAGGCAUCAACUUAAAGCACUUUGUAGAAAGGCGCUUUAUGAAGUUCAGUCAAUUUCCUUAUAUUAAUUUAUGGGACAGAUCUGCCACAUCCAAUAUAGCGGACGCAUUGACAUAUCGCAGCAACGAACCAACCCGCUCAAUGCGCCAUCUACCAUAGAUGCCGCAUUCUGGCUGUUCAGACAUGUCAGUGAAGCCACCAUCUUGGGCAGAGGUUCUUAGCAGCGGUCCGACUGUAGUCAGUGCAUCCGACUGACUAAAAUAACAGACUUUUGUGUCGUUUACAGAUGUUCCCAUGAAAGAAACACCAAAACCAAGCAACGGGGAAUACCAUUUCACAUAUGGAGUGGUUCCACCAGGUGCAACAUCGCUGUCGACAGCUGCUGGCAGAAGACUCAGGGCGAGGACCCUCCUCUUUCUCUGAUGACAUGCCCAACAAAAGCUCCCGGGACACUCACAGGUCCUCACACAGAGUUAGUGCAAAUCUGAGGACAGUGUUUUCCUUCCAUGGGCCCCACCAACGAGAGCACGAAGCUAUAUCCAAAAACUUCAAGGGCAAUGCAAUUCGCACUACCAAAUACAGCUUGUUGACUUUCAUCCCAAUGAACCUCUUCCAACAAUUUCACAGGGUUGCCAACCUCUAUUUCCUGUUCCUGGCAUUACUUAAUUGGGUGCCAGCUGUUGAAGCCUUUCAAAAGGAAAUUACCAUGAUUCCUCUGCUGUUGGUUCUCACCGCUAUUGCCAUCAAAGAUGCUGUGGAAGACUACAGGCGCUACUUGUUUGACAAGAAUGUCAACAACAGUGUGGUGCAAGUGUUCUGUGGCACACAGAAAGCCUACACUGACCAGUACUGGAAGGAUGUGCGAGUUGGAGACUUCGUCCGUUUGUCCUGUAAUGAAAUCAUCCCUGCUGACAUACUGCUGCUGUAUUCCUCUGACCCUCGUGGGCUUUGUUACAUUGAAACUGCUAACCUGGAUGGAGAGACCAACCUGAAACAGAGACAGGUUGUUUCAGACCUCCAACUGCAGGGAUUAGAGCCCACCCCUGAGGCCUUCCACAGUCGUAUAGAAUGUGAGAACCCCAACAAUGACUUCAAUAGGUUCAGAGGUUACAUAAAGGACUCGAGUGGGGUUCGUGUUGGGCUACAUAUUGAUAACCUCCUGCUAAGAAGCUGCACCAUCCGCAAUACGGAGACUGUCGUAGGAAUUGUGGUCUAUGCUGGUCAUGAUACUAAAGCCAUGAUGAACAACAAUGAGCCAAGAUAUAAGCGCAGCCAGCUAGAGAAGCAUCUGAACACAGACAUCCUUUGGUGCGUGUUCCUCUUCCUCAUCAUGUGCCUGACCACUUCUAUAGGUAAUGGCCUCUGGCAGAAACAACUUAAAGACCCUGUCUUUCAGGUUGAUGGGGACAUGUCCCCUGCCAUGGCUGGUUUCUACAUGUUCUGGACUAUGAUCAUUGUGCUACAGGUGCUGAUUCCCAUUUCUUUGUACGUGUCCAUUGAGAUUGUGAAACUGGGCCAGAUCUACUUUAUCCAUAAUGACUUAGACCUGUACAACAACGAACUGGACUGCAGGAUCAAUUGCCGGACACUCAACAUCACAGAGGACCUGGGUCAGAUCCGAUACUUGUUCUCUGAUAAGACAGGAACACUGACAGAGAAUAAGAUGGUGUUUCGUCGCUGUAGUAUUUAUGGGGUUGAAUAUCCUCAUGAAGAAAACGGUCGAAGACUGAACGAGUAUGAAGCAGAGAAGAAUGGGGCAGCUGGGAAGUCGAUAACUCUGAAGUCAGGCUGCAGUAGGAAAACUCCGAGCUGUAGUUCCCUCAGCUGUGACAGCCGCAUGUCUCUGCAUACACUUGCUGCUGAGUCAGCAGAAGAAGAGCAACCCUUCAGUUACACUGCUUUCUGCAGCCGCAUGGCCAGGGAGGUGGUACCAGACCCCAAUCUGGUAAGGAAGUUGAACUGCCUCUACUCUCUAAAUGACUGCUCACUAGAGACUCCAUUGCACUUGGAGCUCAUCCAUAUCACAGACUUCUUCCUAGCACUGGCCAUCUGUAACAGUGUGGUCGUCUCAUCACCAAGCCAAUCUCAACAUGUGGUACCUGAAGCACAGACUCCUCUCAGGUCCCUGGAGGAAAUUAAACAAAUAUUUCAACGUUUCAGCACCUCUCCUUUCUUAACACUCUCAAAUCUCUCCCCUCACAACAUCAAAGACGGCCCUGAAAGCUUCUCCAACACGCUGUAUUCCCACAAAAAGUCCUCUUCCUUCACCUUCUCUGUACCCCACAACACCACAGAUAGGUCAGAAUUAGGUAAAGCAAGCAACCCAACAACCUCCAACCUGAAGUUUAAACUGACUUUAACUGCUACGGAUGAGGAAGAACUUGUUGGACAGGUGGACGGCAGGGAGACAGAGGAUGAUUUCAGUGACACAAAGACAAACUCUUACAGGGUCAGGAAGUGUGUGAAAGGCCUGGCCAGGGAGGAGGAUGAACUGUUUUAUGAAGCGGAGAGCCCUGAUGAAGCAGCAUUGGUCCAUGCAGCUAGAGCAUACCACUGCACCCUGAAAGGCCGCUCGGCAGAGACCCUUCUGGUGGAUCUGCCAGGAAUCGGAUGUAUGGCUAUUCAGCUACUCCAUAUCCUACCUUUUGACUCCAACAGAAAGAGAAUGUCAGUGGUGGUGCGCCACCCACUCACAGGAGAGGUGGUGGUUUACACCAAAGGAGCAGACUCUGUUAUCAUGGACCUGACUGAAACACCCAAAGGUGCAGAGCAAGCUCAGGAGAUCUACGGUCACAUCAGAGAGCAAACUCAAAAACAUUUGGAGGCCUAUGCCAGAGAAGGUCUCCGCACCCUCUGUAUCGCUAAAAAGGUUCUGGAGGAGGAGGAAUAUGAUGUGUGGCUGAACAAACACACGGUGGCAGAGAGUAGCAUAGAAAACAGAGAGAAACUGCUGCUGGAGUCUGCUCAGAAACUGGAGACCAACCUCACUCUUCUGGGUACCACGGGCAUUGUGGACAGACUGCAAGAGGAGGUCCCAGAGACCAUUGAAGCUCUUCAGAGAGCUGGGAUCAAAAUUUGGGUUCUCACUGGAGACAAACAGGAGACAGCCAUCAAUAUUGCUUAUGCCUGCAAACUUCUUCUUGCCAAUGACCAACUGCUGACAGCUAACUGUAGGAGUAAGGAUGCAUGUGCAGCUUUACUUGAGGACCUUAAGCAGGAAGUCCAAUGUGGUGAAGACAAUUUGACUGACCUUGCUGCAAGAAGGGAAUUCUUUUCAGGCAGUGCAGCUGGCUUUGUUCUGGUUAUAGAUGGCCUUACACUGGACUGGGCUCUGCAGGAGGAACUCAAGAACGGCUUUGUAGAGCUGAGCCAGAGAUGCAAGGCUGUUCUCUGCUGCCGCUCUACUCCUCUGCAGAAGAGCCUAGUGGUCCAAUUGAUCCGGGAGCAGCUUGGUGUCGUGACAUUGGCUGUGGGUGAUGGAGCCAAUGAUGUAAGCAUGAUUCAGAUGGCUGAUGUGGGCCUUGGAAUAUCUGGUCAGGAGGGAAUGCAGGCUGUGAUGUCCAGUGACUUUGCCAUUUCCAGGUUUAAACACCUUAGUAAGCUGCUGCUGGUUCAUGGCUACUGGUGUUACUCCCGUCUUGCAAGCAUGAUCCUCUAUUUCAUCUACAAGAAUGUGAUGUAUGCGACUCUGCUGUUCUGGUAUCAGUUCUUCUGUGGUUUUUCUGGAAGUGUCAUGACCAACUCAUGGGUGCUCAUCUUGUUCAACCUGCUCUUUACCUCAAUUCCUCCGCUCAUAUAUGGCAUCCUAGAUCAAGCAAAACCUGCACACACUUUGUUGGAGCAGCCCGAGCUCUACCAGGCUGCACAACAUUCCAAGCUUUAUGUUCCAAACAUGUUCUGGAUCACAGUCAUGGAUGCUUUUUACCAAAGCCUUGUUUGCUUCUUCAUGCCUUAUUUUGCAUUAGCUGGAUCAGAUGUUGGGGAGCUUUCCUUUGGCUCACCGAUCAAUGCCUCAGCUCUCUUCAUCAUUCUGCUGCACCAAGUUAUCGAGAGUAAUACUCUGACCUGGCUCCAUAUGACAGUACUGGUGCUCAGUGGUGGUUUCUACUUUGGCUUUGUUCUGCUCUUCAGUGUGCUCUGUGUGACCUGCAGUCCUCCUACUAACCUACUGGGAGUGGAAACACUGCAGAUGUCCCAGCCACUUUUCUACAUCAUAUGUGCUCUUACUACUGUGACAGCUCUGUUACCCAGGCUAUUAUUUCGAGCGUUACACAACACCUUACGCUCCUACACUGUUCUGGAAUCUCCUCAUCUGGACAGAGUGGAUACAGAAAGGUACUGGAGCAGAAUGCAGAACUGGAAUCGGAGCUCCAGGGCCAAAAACAUGACAGUGUAUGCGAACUACCCUGUAUCUUGACUACCCUCUACACACACCCCACUCCAGACUCAGUCAGUGGAUAAGAGUGUAUAACCCGACCAGAGACAGAAAUGCCUAAAGAGUAAAAAAGACAAUAACAUUGUGCAUUGUAUUGUAUAUCACUGCCAUUAUGGGUUUUUGGUGCUUUUAAAGAGGACAUGAAACAUUAAACAUAGACAUGAUCAUUUAAACAAUGGCUUAAUCAGACAUUGCUAUUGUGUGGCUGGACGUGACUUGUUGGCUCAACUUUUUGCACUAGCGAUCGCACUGAGCAACUACAUAUAAAAACAAUUGCAAAUGAUAAAUACCUCUUCGAAAAUCCCGGGUUGACACAGGAUUAUCAGACCUAGGUCUACCCGCCUUUGGUGUGCUUUAACAUCUCCAGCAGUCCCUGGUCUGACCUCCCGCUGCAUGUCUGCUUUUUUUUCCUCCCUCUCAUACAUAUGGCGUUGAAAAUGUCAUCAUUACACAUAUAAGUACACUACACGGCGAGAUAAACAAUGGACAGCAUGGUGUAUUUCUUUAACACAGAAUGGACUGAUCAAACCCCUGCUCUUUAAACAGGAUGGUGAUAUUUGAAUGAGUCACUGUGUCUUACGCAUAGCCUGAUAUCUGCCACCAAAUCUUCUCUUCUCUUCUCCUGAUCCAGAUCUGCUUGCGGAUCUCACGGUCUCGCUAGUGCACUGUCAUGAUCGAUAAAACUUUUUUUAAAAAGUGGGCCAUAUCACUACGGUACACUUUCAACCAAAACUUUGCCCUGUUUUCGGACUGCUCACAGCCCUGGAGCUUCUACAAUAACACAGUCUGACAGGUGACAGCAGAAUGUGACAGUCAGUUACAUCAGUGUUGUGUUAAUCAUGUAAAUUAACAGGUCGACGCGGCAUUCCUGUUCACAUCGAAGUUUUCUUUAAAACAUCAGAUUUUUCUGAUGUUAUGUUUUAAAUAUGUACACAGAUACUAUGUUGGUGUCUGCUCCAUUGUUUCAUAUCCUCUAACACAUUUUAGAUGGAGUUGCUCCGUUGUCAUAGUUGAUCUUCACACAAUAUCUCUUUAUGGAACAAAUAUCGAGAAUGUCUUGUUCUAACACAAAACAAGGCAAAAAGAAAACAGCAAUGGGAUUAGAAGGCAGUACCAGUGCCACUGUUGCAUGUUAUCAUUAGCGCAUUUGUGACUUUUACACAAGUAUCUUGUUAAUCAUUUUUUAACACUCCUUGAUGAUCAACAAAUACAAAAUAAAGCUGAUUUUAAAGUGU